AUGGCGGUCCUACCUUCCUAUGAAGCCUCUGCAACAACCUCCAUUUCCGAUCUAUCCAAGCCCCCUCUACCAGCUCCGGGCCAAGAUGAGAAGGAAUCCCAAGAGGUGGAUGUUGAGGGACGCACUUCAGGUCAAUCCGUGCCCAUUGAGGGAGGUGCCGAACUGGAACGGGAACUAUCUCGCAUCGACACUUCCGACUACCCGUCGGCCUUUCCUCUGGCUAUGAUCGUCGUGGCCCUGGCACUCAGUAUCUUCCUGGUGGCAUUGGACAUGACCAUUGUGGCCACAGCAAUCCCGCGCAUCACCGAUCAAUUCCACUCGCUCGAUCAAGUUGGAUGGUAUGGCAGCGCCUUUUUCCUGACCAUCGGCUCGUUUCAAGCAACAUGGGGCAAGCUUUACAAGUAUUUCCCACUCAAGAUCUCGUAUCUGGCCAGCAUCAUCAUCUUCGAGGUGGGCUCCUUGAUCUGUGCGGUAGCCAAUGACUCGACUACGCUGAUCGUGGGACGAGCCGUGGCCGGCAUGGGAGGUGCAGGCAUCGCCUCGGGCUCGUACACGAUCAUCGCGUUCUCCGCGCCGCCAAAACAACGUCCUGCCUUUACUGGAGUCAUGGGCGCCGUCUUUGGCGUGGCCUCUGUGAUCGGUCCUCUCCUCGGCGGUGUCUUCACCGACAACCUCAGCUGGCGAUGGUGCUUCUACAUCAACUUGCCUAUCGGGGGUGUGGCGGCCAUCAUCAUCUUCUUUUUCUUCCACACCCCCAAAGCCGCACGACCUCAGGCGGCCACACUGAAAGAAAAGCUAUUGCAGAUGGACUUCCCCGGAACAUUCACCAUCAUGGCUGCCAUCGUGUGUUAUCUGCUCGCCAUGCAAUGGGGCGGCGCCACCAAGCCGUGGUCGGACGGGUCCGUCAUUGCCGUCCUGGUAAUGUUCGGCGUCUUGGUCAUUGCAUUCGGAGUCAUCGAGUACUUCCAAGGCGACCGAGCCCUGCUCCAAGGUCGGCUGUUGAAAGAUCGAACGCUCGCCGCCAUGUCCGCCUUCAUCUUCAUGGUGGCCGGGUCCUUCUUCAUUCUGUUAUAUUACCUGCCAAUCUACUUCCAAGCCACACGCGGCGUGUCUGCAGCCAAAUCAGGCAUUGACAAUUUGCCGUUGGUGCUAGGCGCCUCACUGUUUACCAUUGUCUCGGGCGGCCUGUUGACCGUCUGGGGCCAGUACGUGCCCUUGAUGGCAUUCGGGGCAAUUUUGGCCUCCGUCGGUAGCGGUUUGAUCUACACCUUCGAAAUCGACACCGACUCGGGCAAAUGGAUCGGCUACCAGGCUCUUGUCGGUAUUGGACUGGGCCUCAUCUUCCAAAUUCCCGUCAUCGUAGGCCAGGCCGUGGUCAAGCCGAGUGACCUUAGUUCGGUGUCGGCCAUGAUUUUGUUCUGGCAGACCAUCGGCGGUGCCAUUUUCAUUUCGGCGGCUCAAGCCGGUUUCACCAACAAAAUGGUCAAAGAGCUCCCCAUCCGCGCCCCGGGCGUCAACCCGGCCUUGGUCCUGGCCACCGGUGCCACGGAUCUCCGAAGAGUCUUUCCCGGCGACCAGAUCCAUGGCAUCCUGUCGGCAUACAUGGAGGGCUUGCGCGUGCCCGUUGCCAUUUGCAUUGCAUGUGCUUGCGUCACUUUCCUCCUGGCUUUCACUCCUCGCUGGGAGAGUAUCAAGGGUAAAGUCAAGUUGGAUGCUGGUGCUGCAUAA